AUGAUUGAAGACAACAUUAAUGCGGAGAUUGACCGGCCGGAGUUGGAGGAAGAUCGGAAUCAGGAAGAGCCCCCCAAGAAGCCCAAAAGAUUCCAGUGCAAACACUGUCAAAGGCUGUUCGCGCGCCUAGAGCAUCUUCAACGACACGAACGAACUCAUACUCGAGAGAAGCCUUUCGCCUGUAACCAAUGCGACAGCAAGUUCACACGAAGUGACCUUCUGGUUCGACAUGAAAGACUCAGUCACGACGCUGAACGCUGGGGAAGAAAUGGCCGAAACGGCCAGAGUGCUGGUGUUGCCAGUUCAACAACAUCGUCGACUGCUCGAAAACGCCGGAACACUGAUGAACACCACACUUUGGAUCUCACCGAUGGCCCCAGCAUGACCUCCACAGAUUUCAACGCCUCCCAAGGCAUCGCCCCCAGCUACCUACCUGCGAAUGCGACUCAGAAUCCGAGCAGUACGCCAAAUGGUCAUGACCUUUCCUUUGCAACAUUGCUCAUGGCUGCGGAGCAUGCUCGACCUCAGGAUCACCAAACCCACGCCCCUCUGCGCCAGCCGAACCCUCUGGCAACGCCCAUAUUCCCUGUACAGGACCAGUUCCUACCCGAGCCAACUCCGCAAGCUUCCAUGCCUGCCCCAACAGACCAUGUCAAUGGCAUUGUCGGUUUUGAUUUCGAGGACUCACUUCAAGAUCUGGCAAACUUCAUGGACAAUGGCGUCUUAUCCUCUUAUCAUUUUUCAUCGAUGAUCAGCGCCGAACAGCCCAUUCCGUUCUUCUCACCCGAAUCCUUCACGCAUGCAACCGACGUGCUGCCAACAACCGAGCCCCGUCAGAUCUCACGCCCUGUAUCUCGUGCCCUCCCUAAUCCAGAUCACCCCGAAGAUUCCGGCUCGUUCUCGCGCUUUGGGUCUCGUCUACCAUCGCUGCAACCGGAAGAAAGUCCUUCGGCGCCGCAGAACGAGCAGAACAGCAUCCACCGUCCAUUAUCCGACAUCAACAACGAAGACCGGCAAAACAUUUCCUUGAAACUGGCGGAGUUCGCUCACGUCGUGCCCAACACCUUUCAGCUCCCGUCUCGGCUAGCAUUGUCGAGAUAUCUCGCCGGCUAUGUCAACGGCUUUCACGAACACCUGCCCUUCCUCCACAUUCCGACGCUAUCUGUGAAUAAUAGUUGCAUCGAGCUUAUCUUGGCAAUGGCAGCAGUCGGCGCACAGUAUUGCUUUGAGGGGUCAAAAGGCGUCGAGUUGUUCUCCGUCAGUCAAUCAAUAGCCAUGCAACGCAUCCGCCAGAGAGACGCCAGGUUAGCCGCCUUCCAUCGAUCGGCAGAGGUAUCGCCGCAGUAUUCCGGACAUGGAAAGUCCAGCGACUUGACGACAGGAGAGACACCGCGCAGUGGCUCCAUGUCGGGAUGCUUGGGCCUGCCGUCACAGCCAGAUUUCGACUCUGGCUUGCAGAAAGAAGACCUGAUGCAAACAGCACAGGCGCUGCUGUUGCUCAUGGCGAUGGCUACUUGGGCGAAGCACCGGGAAAUUCUUCGGGAGGCACUUGCAAUACAAAGCGUCCUAGCAACACUGGUGAGGGACGACGGCUUCAGGAGCCAGCCAAUGCCCGAAGACAUUAGCUGGACCGAUUGGAUCCGACGGGAGACGACCAAACGAACCAAGUUCAUCGUCUUCUGCUUUUUUAAUCUGCACACCAUCGUGUACAACGUUCCAUCGCUUAUACUGGCAUCCGAAGUCGAUCUCACAUUACCUUGUAACGCCACGGAAUUCAAGGCGCCAAGUGCAAGUAAAUGGAAGGAAUUGCGAGCCCGUUCAACCCCCGAGACUAGCUUCCAGACCGCCUUGCACCGCCUGUUCUCCCGCAAUGGCAACGAUGUGAGCACAUACAAUUCUUCAUUGGGCAAUUACGUCCUCGUUCAUGCACUGUUGCAGCAUAUUUUCUUCGUCCGCCAGAUUUCUCGAUAUCGACUUGACCACGACGGCGAUUUACGAUCUGAUGACGUCGCCGCCAUAGAGCAGGCCCUGAGAAAUUGGCAAUUGGCGUGGAAACGCAAUCCUGAAUCGUCCCUUGACCCGAUGAACCCGAAUGGGCCAGUGACUUUCAACUCGACUGCGCUCCUGCGCCUCGCUUAUAUCCGCCUCAAUGUCGACUUAGGCCCCGGGCGGGCGCUCGAUACUCGCGACCCUGUUCAGAUUGCCAAUGCCUUUCGAGACAGCCCUUCUGUCAAACGGACGCCAAAGCUUGUCCGAGCAGUCCUGCACUCUGCUCAUGCUCUCAGCAUUCCAGUCAAGAUCGGUAUCCACCUUGUCGCACAGACGCAGACUUUCAUGUGGUCCAUACAGCACUCUUUGUGCACAUUGGAGUGCGCCUUUCUGCUAAGCAAAUGGCUGGAAGCGUUGAGCUUACCAGACUCUGGUCCUGCAAUUACAAAUGACGAGCGGAAAAUAGCGACCUUGGUAAAGACAAUGCUCGACGAGACAGAGUUUGCGAUGCAUGUAGAUGUGCCUAUCGAAUCCCCUGCUGCCAUGAAAUACCUCAGCGCGGGCGUCCUAAGGGUGUGGGCACAGGUGUUUCGUGGCGCUCAGACAUGGGCAAUUGUCGAUGUCAUUGGAAAGAGUCUCAAUAUCUACGCUGAUAUGCUUGAAGCAGGAUAA